AUGAGCUCGGCCAUCCCUGACUCUGCAUGCGCAGAGGUCCCGGCGUGCUACGAGGCGAGCUUUCGGGCCAUCGACGAAGAGGAGGACGCGUGGCUGCCCAAUCCUUACCAGGAGCAGGCCGACGCACAGGUCGCUGCGGGAGCGUGGCCAGGGAUGCCGAUGCUGUAUGGUGUGUCCUCGCACCCUUACGGCGUUCAGGAUGGCUCCCAGUGCUUCAUGGUGGUUCCGAUCGAGGCCGCCGCGGCGGAGCAACACGCCAGCAGCGGAUGGAGCAUCGACCCAAGCGUCGCGCUCGGCGUCGCGGACUGCUGGGCCCCCGAGCACGCAUGGGGAUACGUGUGUCCUGUCGGGGACGACGACGGCAAGGGUCUCCGCAGCGGCAGCGCCGCCGACAGCACCGACGAGGGCGAGGACGCCUACGACUCGCAGGGGGAGAGCGAAAAGUCCGCCGCAGAGGAGGCCAGGGAGGCUGGCAGGGAGAGCGAGGACGGGGAGAGCGGCAAAGGCGCCCACAAGCUCAGCCACAGCAACGUCCCCAAGAACACGGACAUGGCCAGGUUUGCAGGGAAGACGGGGGAGGACAGCGUGACCACGCUGAUGGUCCGCAACAUACCCAACGUGUACACGCGGAGCAUGCUCAUCGAGGAGUUGGACAGCCUGGGCUUCGAAGGCGACUACGACUUCAUCUACCUGCCGAUCGACAAGAGCACUCAGUGGAACGUUGGGUACGCGUUCGUAAAUUUCAAGACACCCGAGGCAGCCAGGCGGUGCGUGACGGACGUGGCGGACUACACGUUCGACCGCUUCGAGCACGGCUCCAGGAAGGUGGCCCAGAUCUCGGUGGCCCACAUCCAGGGCCUCGAGAAGAACCUGGAGUACUACAGCAAGACGGCCGUGCAGUGCGCGCGGGUGAACUCGCACCGCCCACACUUCGUGUCCGACAGGCGCAAGGAGGGCCCGGAGGCCUCCGGGGCCGGCAGGAGCCCGGCUCGUGGCACCGCGGACGGCGGCACUGAGCAGGGCUGCGCCUGCUGGGCCCACCCGCGCUGCCUCGGGCCAGUGGCGCUGGCGCGAGGUGCUGCCUCGAUGCGCCACAGAUGGGUGGUCUUCCCUGGGUACCUGCCUGGGAGUUCCGAGUCUAGGCACGCGGAGCCCCCGCCGCCCGCGCGGGGCACGCGCGGCCUCGCGCUGCUGCAGCGCUCGGCGGUGCUCCGCCCGGCGGCGGCGCACCCCAUCUCGCGGGGCGGCGCCGGCAUCCAGCGCUUCGGCGAGGAGGAGAUCCGCGCCUGGGAGGCCGCGCGCGUGGCCUCGGUGAGGCAGGCCGAGGCCGAGGCCGUGCGCCGAGCGCGGCUGGCCGGCGCGGGCGAGCAGGAGGCCCUGGAGUGGAUGGCCCUGCAGCUGCGAGAGCAGGCGCGGGCGGCGUCCGCGCGGCGGGCGGAGGCCGAGGCCGAGGCGGCGCUUGCGGCGCAGGAGGCGGCGGCGCUGGAGGCCCAGGGCCCGACCGAGGCCGUCGCCGGCGAGGUGCACGACCCCAGCGGGCCGCUGGCCGAGCCCGGCGCGGGCGGCAUCGGCGCCGUCGCCCCGGAGAGCCCCGCGGCCGCGGCCUCCGCGGGGGGCGGCGAGGUGCAGGGCUGCCUCGCCGACGGCGCCAGCGCCAGGUUCGAUUGCAGCAUCGCCGUGCCGGCGAGCUCCCGCCGGCGCCUCCGCAUCGAGGCCAUGGUGGCCGCCCCCGCGCGCGGGGCGGCCGCCCUCGAGGCACCCCUGUCGCGGCGGUGCUGCGUGCUCUACUCGGCAUCGGCGUCGCGCGGCCUGCACGACGGGGCGCUGCCCGUGCCUGUGGCGUUCGCCUCCGGCAGCCAGCGCUUCCUGGUCACCCUCGCCGACGACCCCCAGGUCCGCAUCGAGGUAGACGGCGGGGACGUCUCCCUCUUCUGCGCGCGCGAGGGGCAGACGAGGACGCGCAGGACGUUCGCGGACGCGCCCGACCACUGGCAGGACUUCGUGCUGACGCACCGCGCGGCCUCGCCGGGCCCGGGCGAGCGGGGGGGCUGGCAGGCGAGCUCGGCCCUGCGCGCGGACGCCUCCGCGCUCGAGUUCCAGGAGUGCUGCCUCCUGGUCGGCGCGCGCGUCACGCUGGUGGGCGAGCUCUGCCGCGGCGCCGACGGCGCCCUGUCGCUGCGCCCCCUGCAGGGCGGCGGCGCCGAGGCCGAGGCGGAGCUGCGGCGGGCGCCGGACGGCUGGCGCACCUCGUGGGAGAGGCCGGCGCCGGCCCCGGGCCGCAGCGACGCGUCCCCGACGCCGCCCUCCCCGGACUCCGCCGCCGCCUGCGGCCGGCGAGUGCUGGUGAGCGACGACCCCUCCCUGCUCCAGCACCACGGGCCCUGGAUGGCGCGGGCUCCGGCCGGGUGCCUCAACGUGGCCAACUGGCACGACUCCUCUGGGCGGCUGGACUGGCGGAAGGCGGGCGCGGGCCUGGGCGUGCUGACGCUGGUGCAGGUGGUCCUGGGCGCCUGCUGCGGGUAUGCCUGGCAGUGGGCCGCCGGGUCGUGGAGGGCGGAGCACCUGCGCAGCGGCAUCGACGAGCUCCGCGCCGACAACGACAGGCUGAGCUCCGACCUCCGCGGGCACCUGCUGGGCAGGCUGAACGGCACCGGCCCCUUCCAGGCCGUCGCCGGCGUGGGCGGGCACCAGCUGCCGUGGAUGUACGGCAAGGUCAAGGAGAAGACCAUCUGGUCCUACUGGUACGACCCGGAGGACUGCCCCGACUCGCUGCACUGCAAGCUGCCUGGGCGGGAGGAGCUGAGCCGGAUCAGCAUCGAGGUGAACCGGGGCACCUUCUACCACCGCCUCCUGCGCAAGGACGAGGUGGACCUGUACGUCAGCAAGUACGAGCUCCCGGUGCACUGGGAGUCGAUGCCCGCCGCGCAGCAGCGGGACGCGCUGAUGGUGGCGCUGCUGGCCCGCUACGGAGGUGUGGCGCUGGACCUGUCCGUGGUGCUGCUGCGGCCCCUGGACGCGGCCUGGGACUUCAUGCUGGCCUCGGAGGCCACGUUCCAGGGCUACAUGUACCGCCUCAACGGGGAGCACUGGAGCCGGCCAGAGUCCACCGCACCCUUCCUCAUGAUGUCCCGGCGCGACGGCAUCCUGGGCGCCGCGGUGCGGCGCCAGCUCAUCGCCAUGGGCGACCUCCGCGACGCCAGCAGGCGGUGCCCGGGCUGCGAGGCCCUGGGCGACCACACGCUGACGCCGAUCCUCAGCAUGUUUAAUUACAGCCUGCCGAGGUGCGCCGACGACCCCACGGUGCGGUGGCACAACACGAGCUCGGGCGGCGUCAACGAGAGCGACCCCAGGAAGACCGCGGACGGCCGGCUGCCCUUGGUCGACACCUGCCCGGGGCUCCGGGGGCCGCAGUGGUCCGAGGGCGCGUCGGGGCCGCCCCGGACGGACGCCAAGCUCAUCCUGCACGACCCGCGCGACGGGCCGCAGCUGCCGAUGAUGUUCUCGGGCAUGGAGCUCAGAGGAGCUCAGGCGACGUUCGAGGACACCAGCUUCGACAACGACUCCUGGGCCCCGAUGUACACGAGCCGCAGUUGCGAGCCCGAGCACUGCGCCCCCGAGCUGCGCUGCACGUCGCCGAAGUCCUGCUGGGAGGACAUCUUCCUUGUUCGGCACCGCGAGCAGCACCUCCGGCUCGUCCGCCUGCCCGAGAAGACGGACGGCCGGUCGGCCGAGCAGAUCUUGGCCUCGAAGGACAGCUACCUCUACAACUGGCUGAAGCUGGCCGGGGUGCUGGACGACCACAGGCAGAUGAACCAUUCCUUCGGAGCCCACGUGAUGGACGCGGCGACCCUCCUGAACCAGCCGGGCUGGUCGCUGGCGCCGGCGGCCUGA